AGUGAGUUAAGUUGUCUCAUGGGUGCUGUCAUGCUUUAUCUUUGUUAAUUUUUCGAUUAUGAUGGUCUAAUGUAUCCAAAUGUAAUGGUCUAGUUCUAUGUUGCUCAGACUCUUUAAAAAUGGGGAUAGGUACAUGUCAGAUUCUUCAAAAGUAGUACAUUUUUCAAGAAUCUGACACAGAUUUGGCAUCAGUUUUGGAGAGUCGCAGUAACAUAGGUCCAGGUUCUGCUGUUCAGUUUGAUUAAGUUGUACGAUAUUGUGCACUAUGUCGAUCAGUGAGAUUGAUUGAAAUUAGUUAGUUACAAUUCAAAUGGUUGCUUAGUGGGAUGAACCUAUGGAAAUACCUUUUGCUUCAACUUUUUGGAAGUCUUUCUUUUUGUAACCUUUUUCCCAUUAUGCUUGUCUUGACACAUUAUCUACAAUAAUAAUAUAAACUAACUUCUCGAGAAGAAACAGUAUUAUAAGUGGAUGACUUAUAAUCUAAAACAAAUCUUUUUGACUCAUAAAACAAAAAAAUCUUGUAAAGAAGAUUCUGAAAUUAGUAAUAGAAUUACUAAAUGUUAAUCUUUUUACCUAUAAAUAGUAGUUAUUACUGAUCCGAUAUGACAAACGAACGUCUAGUCUCAGUAAAGAAACACUUCUUACCUAUGUUGAAUACUUUUCCUUUUCCCCAUAUGCUAAUAAUUUUGUUCAUUUUUGUGUUCCCUCUCGUUUCUGUCAAUUACUAUUAUGAUACUAGUACUGCUGGAACAUCUUCAUCAAGUGCAAAUGUAGUUGCCCUUUUAAUCUGGAAGGCCAGCCUUGAAAGUAAAAGCCAAUUAGUUCUUUCUUCUUGGAUGAAUACCAGCACUAGUCCUUGCCAUUGGGACUUUAUUCAUUGCGACAGCCUUGGAAGGGUAACUGAGAUGAAUAUGCCAAACAAUAGCAUAAGGGGUAUCCUUCGGCAUCUAGAUUUCUCAUCAUUUUCCUAUCUCCGCAAAAUCAACUUGUCUAACAACUCACUCUAUGGUAUUCUUCCUGCUAACAUAUUCAAUCUUUCAAAGCUGAGUUACCUUGAUUUGGGCUACAAUGAUUUCUCAGGAAUGAUUCCACCUGAAAUAGGCUUCUUGAAAAAUCUUGAGUACCUUUUGCUUGACCAUACUCGUUUUAGUGGCUUUCUGCCCCAGGAGUUAGGAAUGCUAGAGUCUCUUCUUGUGCUUAGUGUUGAAGCAACCAAUCUUACUGGCACAAUCCCUGCAUCUAUUGGUAACUUGAGCAGCUUGAGUAUUUUAAAACUCGAUUACAACAAUUUCUCUGGGCAUAUUCCGCAAGAAAUAGGGAUGUUGAGAUCCCUAAAAGGUCUCUUUCUGUCAAAAAACACGUUAAUUGGCUCUAUUCCCACUUCUUUUGGUAACUUGACCAACUUAGAGUCCCUGUAUCUUCAUACCAACUCACUUUCAGGGCCUAUACCUUGGGAAAUUUGGUCUCUGACUCAUUUGAUGGAUGUUGAUCUCGGAAGUAACUAUCUUGCUGGUCAAAUACCAAGUUCUAUUGGAAAUUUCAGCCAGUUGUUCUCUUUGAUUCUGUCCAAAAACAGUCUCACAGGUGAAAUACCCGCGUCAAUUGGAGACUCAGGAAAUCUGCUCUUUUUAUCCUUGUGUGGUAACAGGCUGUCAGGAUCCAUUCCUUCAUCCAUUGGGAAUUUGACUAAGCUCAACACACUAUAUUUAUGUGAAAAUGGAUUCUAUGGUCCCAUUCCUCCAAGCUUUGGGAACUUAAAAUCACUUGAGGAUAUGAGAUUGUUUAGCAAUAAACUCAAUGGGUCCCUUCCAGUAGAGUUGGAAAACAUUACAAACUGCAAGAUGUUUCACUUAGCCGACAACAAUCUCACUGGUCAUUUGCCUAAUAAUGUUUGUCUUGGUGGGUUUCUGACAGAAAUAUCUGUGCAAAAUAAUCGGUUCACUGGUGGCAUCCCGAGAAGCUUAAAAAACUGCUCCAAGUUAUCCAGGGUCAGACUUGAUAACAAUAAGCUAUCAGGAAAAAUAUCACAUGCUUUCGGUAGAUAUCCAAAUCUAGAUUACAUUGAUUUAAGUCACAAUGAGCUCUAUGGAAAGUUGUCAUCACAAUGGGGCCUUUGUAGUAAAAUAACCUGUUUGAAGAUGUCUAACAAUAAUUUAUUUGGAUCAAUUCCAUUUGAGAUUGGAAAUGCAUCUAAUCUGCAGCUGCUUGAUCUCUCCUCCAAUCAUUUCAGAGGCAAGAUCCCUAGAAUCUUGGAUAGCCUAAAGCUACUUUUUGAGCUUGAUUUUUCUGGUAACGAACUUUCAGGUGUUAUUCCAUCACAACUUGGGAUGCUUUCUGCACUUGCAAAACUUAAUUUGGCAGCAAAUCAUCUCAGUGGCAUAAUUCCUGAACAGAUUGGGCAACUUGUGCAGCUAGUGGGCUUGAAUUUAAGCAAAAACAUGCUGAAAGGAAAUAUUCCUUCCAACUUUGGGAGCUUACGCUUCUUACAGAAUAUGGACCUUAGUCAGAACAUGCUGAAUGGUGAGAUACCAUGGCAAUUGGGACGAUUACAAAGAAUGGAGGCAAUGAAUCUUUCUCAUAAUAAGUUCAUUGGUUCAAUCCCAUCAAGUUUCAGUCAGUGCAUUAGUUUGAGUUUUGUUGAUAUAUCUAACAAUGAAUUGAUCGGCCGUCUUCCUAACAACUUGGCAUUUCAGAAUGCGUCUCUUGAAGAAUUAAGAGGCAAUAAAGGCUUGUGUGGCCAUCUAAUUGGUUUGGAACCUUGCUCUUCAUCUAAAAUCACCUACAAAAGAAUAAAAGUCUCGAUGAUUCUUUUUAUUUUUGGUGGUGUCCUUCUUUUGAUGGUGAUCAUUUGUCUUCUUUUUGCCAUAUCUCGGAAAAGAAGGAACCAAAUUGAGCAACGAGAACAAACGAAGGAUCUCUUUUCUAUUUGGAGCUUUGAUGGGCAGAUGACCUAUGAGAGCAUCAUCAUAGCAACAGAGGGCUUUAACAGCAAAUAUUGCAUUGGAAAUGGAGGACAGGGAAGAGUCUUCAGGGUUGAGUUACCAUGUCGGCAAGUAGUCGCGGUAAAAAAGUUUCAUUCAUUGCAUAACGGUGAAUUGGAGAGCUUGAAAGGCUUUAAAAAUGAAAUAAAAACAUUGUUGAAAAUCCGCCAUCGUAAUAUUGUAAAGCUUUAUGGAUUUUGUUCGCAUGCAAGACAUUCUUUCUUGGUUUACGAGUUCUUGGAAGGAGGAAGCUUGUCAGAGAUACUGAGGAAUGAUGAAAAAGCGACAGAGUUAGAUUGGAUUAAGAGGGUGAACAUUGUGAAAGGGGUGGCAUAUGCAUUAUCUUAUAUGCAUCAUGAAUGUUCACCUCCUAUUCUUCACCGGGAUAUAUCAAGUAAGAACGUUUUGUUAGAUCAUGAAGACACGCCUCAUCUUUCUGAUUUUGGUACUGCAAAACACUUAACGCCAAACUCUUCUGAUUGGACUUCUUUUGCUGGAACUUUUGGAUAUGUAGCUCCAGAGCUUGCUUACACAACGGAGAUAAAUGAAAGCUGUGAUACCUACAGCUUUGGAGUGCUAUCAUUGGAAGUGAUUUUAGGUCGGCAUCCAGCUGAUAUUGUUAUAGCUGUAUCAUCACUUCCAUCAACAUCAGAAAUCGUUGACAUAUUGUUGAAGGAUAUGAUUGAUCAACGGCCAUUAUCUCCCUCUCGCGUGUCUGAAGAAUUGAUCCACAUAACAAAGAUGGCCUUUACAUGUCUUCACCCUACUCCUCAACGUAGGCCAACCAUGCUACACGUCUCUGCAUCUUUAGCCAAAGGAAAGGCACUUUUGAACAACUCUUUCCCUUUUGUUACUUUAAGACAACUGAUUGAUAUUGAAUUAGGAAGUUCUGAACUUCUGGUGUAAUGUUUUGUCCUGUUGUAUCCAAGCUUCCUUUUUAUAUUAAAGUAAAUGUUAUGCACACAAAACAUUGAACUGGAAGUUGGAAAUUGAUACUUCUUGCUAUUAUUACCUCUUUCACGUGUUUGAAGACAUAUAGUGAACAUAAAUGCUAUAGUAUUAAAUUAUUGUCGA